AUGGCCAAAACGAGUAAAAAAUUAACUAGAGAAGAAAAAUUAGCAAAAGACAGACUACGUAAAAGAGAAAGAUAUAAAAAAAUAAAAAACGACCCAGAGCUGUAUUCUAUACAUAAAGAAAACGAGAGAACAAGAUAUUUAGCAAGGAAAGAAAAGAAAAAGAAGGAAGAAAAAAACGAAAUACAUAAAAUAUUAAUAGAAAAUUUACCUCCAGAGAGUGAAUUGAAGACUAAUGUUAACCCAGACCCUCCUAGUUCAGAUCCCUUGAUGCUUGCUGAACCGGGACCGUCUUCAACUCCGAGUAUUAAAAAUGUAAGAUUACUUAAGUUCAACAGCGCAAUAUUAAGACGUUUGCGGUAUACUCAUUCAAAGACGGUGAAGAAAUUAAAAGAUGAAAUUAAUAAACUAAAGAGGGAAAAAGAUGCUUUUCGUAAACAAAUUAAUAUAGGUCAACCAGAACAUGAUUGUGUCGAAAAGAGAAUUGAAGAAGUUUUAACGGUAAUACGACCCGAAAAAAAAGAAGAAGUUAAAAAACAACUGCUUUUUAGUGAAAGUAUAUCACAGAACGUACAAGACGUAUAUAAAACAAUGACUAAAAAGGAAAAGAGACAUUUUGCAGGACAGAUAAUUCAUAAUGAAGAGAGAUUGAGGAAAUAUAAGCUACUUCAUAAGUUGCCAUUUGUUAGAAGAAAGAAAAAAAUUACAAAAGAAAAAAAACAGUCAUUGAUAAAUGACAUUCAUUCCUUUUUCGAAGAAGACACAAAUAGUAGAGUUGCUGCGGGGAAGAAAGAAUUUAUAAAAAACAGAGGCCUGAAAAAACAGAAGCGGUACCUGACUGAUAAUUUAAAAAAUUAG